CGAAACACAACAUGGCGGGCAGCGAAGACGGAGGACCCUCGGACGAAAAUAGUGAAUGGUCUGAUUUUAGUCGCAACAACUCCGCGAUUGACACUUUUGACAAUGUCCACUUUGGAGCUAAAUCUCAGGACCCUACCAGUGUCAUUAAUACCCUUUUCACGUGUUUUCCCUCGCCAUCAGAUUUCCAGUCAGCUGACUUUUUUAACGGAGCGCCUUGCGCCAACGAAAGGUUUUCAAACAUUACAUCAAAUUUUUAAUAGAUUUUCAUUGUGCUGGGUGAAAUUCUUAAUUAUCUUUGCGUCUUUUCGUUAGCAAAAUUCUCGACCAUGUAGAUCCUGCAUUGAAAACUUAUGGCGAACCUUUGGUUUGGCGGGGAUGUGAAACAGAACUGAAAUUCUCCAAGGCGUUACAUCUUCUACCGUGUGAUGACAGAGUAAGAACAUUUGUUUGAAAUUUUUUAUUUGUUCAUGUUGAUUUUACUACUGCUUUUAAAUUGCUUUAUGAUUGGCUUAUUUAGAUGUUUUUCUCUCUGUCUGUGAUGAUACAUUUCAGAGUACUAUGUUAUGGUUAUUUACUUUGGAACUCCAACAGAGCUGUUUUUUAUACUGGAGAUUGUACAAACGAACGUAAUUGACCCCACACUGAAUUGAAUUCUCCUUUAGAAUAUUUAAUUCUUAGUGAAAGUAGACUUGAAUUACUCCUUGUUGUCACUGUAAAGCUGUCACUGAUUUAAAAUCAAGCAGUUAUAACUACAACAAACAAGAAUCUUACAAAAUUAUUGAAGCAGAAAAUCCCCAGAUUACCCUCUCUUUUCAAUGAUUUAGUCUAGAGUGGUUUUUCAACUCUCACAUUGACACCUAAUAAUUUGUCAGCAAUCAAAUAAGUUGACUGUGGCUAAGAAAUUUGAACAUUUAAACAUUUCUAUAGAUGCAAAAAAAAUUAGUUAGGGCAUUGGAAUUGCCUCAAGCAACCCUCACCUCUCCACCCACAGAUGGCCCUGACAUCACUCCCCUUUUUCCUGUUAUAUUUGUGUUAUAUUCCUUAUUAAGUACUAUGGUGUGGUGGUUCAAGUCAUUUGAUUGUGACCUUGGAGAGGAAACUUUUCUCCCACAGUAACUCUCCCCACUGAGGAGUGUAUAUGGGUACCAAAAAACUGUCAGGAAAUUCUUGGGAGGUGGGGUUGGGGGCUCAGUGGAUUGGGGACUCAAUUUAGAAAAGAGUGGCAGUACUUUGAGUCACUUUAAACUCCAUAAACUGAGGUAAGCUGCGACCCCAGAAUAGGCUUUCUGGUCUCAAAAGCUCACUUUACCCUUAAUAUUCUGAAAGUAAACCCUUAAAUUCCCAAGAUAUGAUUGUUAAUUCUCCCUUCUAGCUACUAUAUAUUUCCUUGUGAAUCAGUUUUGAGAAUUUGGUGUUAGAUCAGGAAAACUUAAACCUAGUAAGUUUGAGUAUUCUCAAUACCUAUUUGUUGAAUGAUUAACAAGUAGAUUCCAAGUUGCCGUGCGUCUGUUCAGUAAUAGAUCACAGAUGACGUCAAAAUGUGGUAGGAACAAAAAAGUGGCACAUGAGGCGGCGCCUCGUGUGCCACUUUUUUGUUCCUACCACAUUUUGACGUCAUCUGUGAUCUAUUACUGAACAGACGCACGGCAACUUGGAAUCUAUUUGUUUUAUAUAAUAAAGAAUUUUAAAAAGUUUUAAUGAUGACGUCAUCUAUACGUCUGUCCUCCAAUAGAUCAUAAGUGAAAACCAAUCAAAACGCGUGCAUAACUGAGCUUAUUAUAUGAUAUAGAAAUAUUAUAUGGAUAUUAUAUGGGAAGAAGUUACAUGUUAACCCUUUAACCCCUAAGAGUGACUAGCAUCUAAUAUUUCCUUACAAUAUCACCCCUAAAUCAUACAUUAGGUCAAGAGAAUCAAGGAAAUCAUCACCAACCAAUAGAAGCUCUUGAUUGUUAAACAAAUUCUCCUUGUCAGCACCUUAAGGAAUGUAUAAAGACCAGUAUGGGGAAUAUGGAUACUUAUGUUCGGAUGUAAAGGGUUAAUCACUUCUAAGAGUGAAAGGAUUAAAAUAAACACAAUUUUUACGCUCAAAGGGUGCAACUAGCAUUUAAUCAGGUAUAUAAACUUAUACCUGAUUUUAGGUAAGCUAUUUAUUUACCUGAAGUUAACAUUGGUUUUUUUUCUCUUUUAGAAUCAUCUUCUACCUGGACAUCUUGAGGAGGACUCAAACUCUGUCCUAAUAAGAACUUUUGACUUUCAUAAAUUUGCUGAGAAGUUCAACUCACAAUUGUCUUGUCAGACAUUAAAUAGUGGUUCCAAUGAUCUUAAAGAGGAUCGUGUUUUAUCAAAUCAAUCUGAUCGACUCUCUAACAGUGAUGAUUCUAAUAGUGAAAACGAGGAUGAAAUUUUCUUGGUCUUCAGAGGGAAGCCCAAUAAUCGGCAGUCAACUUUUGAUGAGGGUCAGGCUGCAGCAGGUAAAGAAACAGACAUGAUAGAAUGAUCAUCACAUAUGAUUAUAAUGUAUCAAUCAAUUAGAAGCCUUAAACUAUACCCCUCAUCUCCCACAGGGAACCCCCAAGCAUUUUAACUUUUGACGAUUGGUUCAUUCAAGUUCCUGUCCCUGGUGUCAAAAUAGAAAAUAGUGUUGGAAUGCCCUAUGUAAGUGUCGGAUUUGAUGAUCAACUUUUUUUUGAGAAGGAAAAGCUAGCAACUAUAACUUUCUUGUAGACCUUUCCAAUUUCAAUUUCAAUUUUUCAAUUUUAUUUCAAUUUAAUUUUUCCUUUGGAGUAUAUGCUUGUGAUAGUGAACUCUUCAUUAACAGAUAAAACACUUGUUGUGCUAGAAAGAAUCGCAAGUUCUGGUUCAAAUACCCUAUGCCAUCCAGGCAAAAUUCAAAUUACCCAUUGAGUGGAGAUGGGUAGAUGUUGAAGCUUCAAAUUGAUUUGUGCAUAAAGAGAUAUCACUGAUUACCUUGAACAAGUAAUUACAGACCAAAAUCUGGCUGGUGAUCCCUUAUUUCUCAGCUUGCAAAUUUUGCUAGCAACCAGCACCGAUUCCCUUAUCAAUUCAAAGCUUCAACAUCCCCCCUUCACAAAAUUAUUCAAAAAUUAAAGCAACAGCUUAAUAACAGAUGCAUUUUUUUUUCAGGGCUUUCUGAACUUUCAAAUGGAGAACUUUUAGACUUAAAACAAGAGAUGGCAGCUUAUGUCAAGGAGUACUCUGAUAUACUUGUGGAAGAACUAACAUUAAGAGAAGAAUUAGAUAGGGAAAAGGAAAUAAAAAACAAUUUCAUAUCAACAUUAUUAGCUGUUCAGUCCAAAAUAAGAGAAUCACAGACUGGUCAAGGAAAAGGAAAGAAGGGCUCUUCUGCGUAUUCAGGGAAAGUAAGUGAGAGUUGAUCAAAAGAGCAAUAUUAUUGUUUGUCUCAGGAUGUAGUCACUUUGGACGUGGAUCACAAAAUUUCGAAUUCAUACUGCAAAUCUUCUUUAGGUGAUGAAUUUGAUUUCUUACGUGUCACUGAUAUGCUGUUCUACUCAGCUGUGAUUGGAUGGAAUUUCAUGCCUGUGAUUGGUGCAAAGGGCAAUUCACAUAAGACUUCACCCUAACAACAUUGACAGGAACAGUGGAAUACAAAUCCCAGAAGCCUGAAUGCUGACAAUCAAGAAACACAACAGCAGGAGAGUCACAUGGCAGGUGUCCACAGAGGGAACCUGAUCCAAAACAUUGCACCAAUCACAGUUGUGAAAUGUCAUCCAAUAACUGCUGAGCAUGACAGCAUCAAGGUAAUGUGUACUCAAUAGACCUCAUUGCCUGAAGAAGACUGGCAGUGUACAGUUGAAACAUUGUGAACCACAUCUAAAGGUGACCACAUCGUGAGACAAAUGAAUAUAUUUCUCUUUUGAAAGUGUUAUUUAUCACAUAGACAGACCACAACCUAUUUUACGACAUAAAUUAAUUGUUGUCUAGAUCAAGACAGGGUUCUCAAUAAGUCAUGGCAUAGAUGUGUAGCUGCAUGGAGUAGAUGGCUGACAAUGUGAGAGCUCUUUUAUGGGGGCCUGGGUAUGCUCUGCCACAAGAUAUUAUUUUUAAGAUACAGAGGCCUAUGAAAUGCCAUCUUAUGCAUUCUAUUGGAGGUGUAUGCAAAGCAAUAUAGGGGUUGGUUGGCUUGGUAAACUUGUGCCUGGUAUUUUCAGAGGUUAGAAGAGUGUUCAACUUCUGCACCAACGAAAUGGUGAGUGGAGUAAAUACUAACUCAAAAGGUGGCAAGUAAGCUAAGCUAAUUGAGCAAAUGUCCUUCCUAUCAGUGCAUUGGUGAAAUCACUGCACUGACUUGGUUUUAACUGUGCAUAAAUUACAUUUACAUUCAGUCUUAACUAUCUGUAUCCUUCAGUAUUUAACUACAGUGAUUCCUUAUGAUGAUUGUGAUGGAGGUCCAAGCAAUAAAGUACUACUGCAACUGAUUGAGAGUAAGUCCUCACAUUAAAAUACUGCCAUUGUGACUAUUGUAGUUGUCUCUCAUAAACUAAUGUUUUUCAAGAAUACCAGACUCACACUAGGUAACUAUUCCAGGUUUUGCCUUCACCAUAAAACCCUUAAGAGCGACUGGCUUCUAAUUUCUCAUUACGGAGGAGUUACUAAAUGUGCAUUCAAGUUUGGUGUAAAUGUGUACUAUUUAGCUACAUGAGUUAGGAGUGAAUUGGUUGAGAUUUUUAACAUUCUUUAGCCAAAUGCUUAACCCUUUAAUUCCCAGAAGUGAUUGACAUGUAACUUCUCCCUAUAAAAUCCAUUCAUCAUCUAACAAAGAGGUAACAAGAAUACUUAAACUUAUCAGGUAGAGGUUGUUUUCUUGAUUUAAUGCCAAAUUCUUGUAAUUAUUUAAAAGGAAAUGUGUAGCAGCUAGAGGGGAGAGUUAACAAUCAGAUCUUGGGAGUGAAAGGGUUAACAACCGUAGUAUGCAAGUUAGUGCCAGUUCAUAUUUUUCAUGAGGGGACUGACUUAUUUAGGCCCCAGCAAAUUAGAACUACAUCAUUUGUUCUAUAAAAGGCUGAAGACAACUCAGGUAGCAGCCAAUUUUAACUGAUAGGUGAAAAGGAUAAUUUCUGUCAGGUUGCCAAAAGGUUUCUUCAAACCUUACAGAUAAGGAAUUAGAAGGGGGAGAAGCCAUUUCUCAUCUUCAGAAAGCUUUCUUUAAGCAGCAUCAUAAUUGUUAUAUUAAUGGUAACAAUGAUAAUGUUCUCUGAAGAAAGCUUUUUGGCUUUUGUUAAGACUCUUGCUGCUUCACAUUUCCUUGCAAAUUAGUUACAAGAGUUUGAUGUUGGAACAAGAUAACAAUUUCUACCUGAUAAGUUGAAUAUUCUCAUUACCUGUUUGCUGCAUAAUGUUUGGAUAUUACAGAUGGGAAGAGUUACAUGUUAAUCACUUCUCAGAGUGUAAGGGUUUGGAUAAUCUUCAUAUUGUUUGAAUUGAUAAUGAUCAAGAUAUCAUCUUUCAGUUAUGGAGGCCCUCAUUGCUGACAGCCCAACAGUUCCUGGUUUGUUAACUGAAUAUAUAUUGAAAGGUAUCACUAAGUGUGAAAAGACAUUUUAACUGACAUUGUGUGUCUAGGCUUAUCCCAAAAAAGUUUUGCAUUACUGGUGGACCAUUAAGUGAUGUGUGAAAAUUUAAAUUCUCAUGUGCUUACUAGGGUUUGGAGAUGAGUUAAAAUGCGUUCAUUUUACACAUUACACCUUUACCCCUCAGAAUGAGAGAUUUACUAAUCUGUCCUUGUAGGAUCAAAUUUGAAUACAAUUUUUACCAAACAGAAAGGUGAUUAGAAGAAAAAAAAUACCAUGCAGAGGAUCUUGUUUGAUUCAAUGCCAAAUUCUCUACACUCAAACUGUAAAAAAAUGCGUGAUGCUCAAAAAAGGGGUUAUUGAGUUGUUGGGAGUAUAAGCCAGAGGAUAAACUUUUCCUUUUCCAGCUGUUUUUUUUUUUCUAAAUCUGGCUGUAAUAUUCCUUUGGAUUAAUGAUCAUGAGAAUCAAGGAAUGAUCACCAAUUAAAGAGGCUCUUGAUUGUCAAACAAAUUCUUCUUGUCAGCACUUAAGGAAAUGUAUAAAGAACAGUAUGAAGACUAUGCAUACUAAUAUUAGGGUGUAAUGGGUAAAUUAUUGAGGUUGAUUGUAAAAUUGUUUUGUCCCAUUAGUGCUGUGUGCUGAAGACUAGUCUUUGCUGCUCCUCAGACUUCAAAUGUGAGUGUUCUCAAGAUGUCUUAAUUGAGUUUUUCUGUUUCAUAGAUUAGAUUACAGAUUGUCAGUUGACCAAUUUUAGAAGUCAUUAUUUUUUAUAAUUGAUUUGGUUUUUUUAUGAUACUAUUUUUAUAUUCUGAUCACCAAUUGAUAUCAGCAAUCUUUCAGACUUGUUGAUUGAUUUCUGUUUUUAAGUUUUAUGGUAUAUUGUAUUAAUUUAUAAUUUUAUAUACAUGAAAUAAGUUUCAGAGAUGUAAGCUGCAAGACACUAGUAACCAUGAUCCCACAUAUUGUGCUUUAUUAUUCCACUGUUAUGCCAUUUUAGAAUAUUUGGGUGAUGGAAUGCACAAAAUAUCCUAAUGUAGUACACUGUAGAACAGAGCAAAAAUAGGGAUGGAAAGUGGAAAAACAAAGUGGCCUCAGUGAACCAUCCAAACUUUGAUUUGUUUUCUGUUUUCAAGGCCUUCUUUUUGACCAACAAACUUUUAACUGCAUGAGCCUUUUUUAUGUUAAGACCCAGGCCCGAAGUGGUCAACACAAUGCUCACAUAAUGCAGUUAAUGGAUUUUGAAUUUAUUGGAGGCCAAAAUACUAGAAAAUGAAACAGUGAAGUUAUAAAUCCCAUAUUUAAUGGUUUAACAUAUAGUGUCUGUGGGAAUUUUCUUAAUGCUCAUACUUUUUCUGUAAAUUAAAUAUUUUUUGCUAAUGUAAAAACUGUGCAAUUCACAAAAUAUUUGCAUAUAUUAUGUGUUAAACCAUCAAGUAUAAUGAAUAUAUUAUGCUUUCUUUAAUCCUAAAGACAUUCUUGAUUUCAUUUCUUGAUUUCAGUUCUUGGACAGUUUAUGACAGAAAGAAACAUUUCAUUAUGCUUCUAUAUGUCAUGUCCCGUCGCAGCACCAUCAGCACAAAGAUUUCAUUGGCCUUGGCUGUUACAUGCACACAUAACUGAUGAAUGGAUGAAUGGUGGGAAAAAAUUUGUGUUCAGAUUGUACACUACACAAAGAAUAAUGAAAUUGGUCAAAGAGGCUUCUUAGACUAUUGCUCAAGUUGUGUCAUAUUGAAUGGGUGACUCCAAAACACUAAUGAAUAUUUCUAAUUAUGGGGGCAAGUCAGUAAAACUGACUUAGCACGACUCAUACAGUUUCAGAUGAAAUGAGUUUACCCAAAUACAUAAUAAAUAUAAAGAAAAAUAAUUAUUCAAUAGUAUAUCAAGCAGUUUUAAAAGUGGCUGCUUCAGAUGUUCAGGGAACAAAAUACUAUAUGUGAUCAAAGUAAAAAAAGGACAAUUAAGAUGUUUGCAGUGCCAUACAGUAGGGCUCUUGACCCUUUAAUCCCCAACAUUUAAUUCUUAAGUCUCCCUUCUAUCUGCUAUUAAUAUUUCUUGUUUUUAAUUAGUAAGGAGAAUUUUGUGUUGCAUCACUAUAAUGUCAUUUAACUGAUAAGUUUGUCUGUUUGCUGAAUUCUGAAUUAGUGUUGUAAGUAGUUUAAGGGUGGAAGGGGGAUAAGAUGCCUGUGUUGUCAUCUGAUAGUCAAAAUCUUAGAUGGCACUGUGUCGAUAAUUUGUUGCUGAUGGUUUAAGUGUAGUCCAAGAUUCAAACAUAAGUUACUUCACUUGCUUCUAAAACUCAUGUUCUGAAAUUAUCAGUUGAUCUAUUGUGUAUGAAUAUGGAAUUAAGUUGUUAGUAGUAACUGUGGCUACUGUUGGAGAGGAAGUGGCACUCUGUGUAAGAGAUAAAUGUUUCCAAAAGGAAAAUAAGAGAGCAAGUAGAUUUUAGCGGUUGUUAUAAUAUCUUGAUAUAAUAUCUUGAUUAUGACUUAUUGAAUUUAAUACAUUGCACUGACUGAAGAACUGGUGGGUUUUCAUUGCUUGCAUUAAAUAUCCAUUAAGUUGAAAAUGUUUGUUGAACUUGUAAAAGAUGGCUUAUUUAUUUUGUAAUAUGUUAAAAUGUUUUCUUAAUAUAUUUUUUUAUUUAGUCUAUUUUUUAAGCAAUUCUAGGCAAAUAUAUUUAAAGAGUUUUGAAGAAGCAUUGAUGAUGCACAUAGCUUGAAGUUAAGUCUAAGAAGGAGUUAUGUCUAACAAGAAGAGAAAUUGAAGGUACACACUGCAUGCAAAACCAACAAAUACUUAAAAUAGACUAAGUCACAUAUUUUAAGCAAGUUCAAAGCUGACUGGUGUAGCACAGGUUGGCAAGGUUAGAGAAUUUUAACCAGCAUUUUUGAAAUUUACUUCAUCUGCCAGAUGUGACAUACUUUGGUUUUGUUAAAGGUUACAUUAGUUUGGAAAUGUGCCAACCAGUGUCUGAAUUCUAUUCACCUUCAGAGAAAAAUAAUGAAAACAAAUUAAACCUUCUAAAAUACUGUGACCCAGCCCCUUUGGCAUGGAAACACCUAUAAGAAAAGGUAUGUCUCCUCUAUUAACGUGGCUGGAUACAUUUUCCCAAAGCUCUGACAACAAUAAAGUUUUUUUUUGGUUGAAAUUGAUUCAACAGUGAGGCCUUACCCAGAAAAAGAAAAUCCUAGCUUACUAUCAUUAUUUUGCUGAACUGUCACUCAGCUUUGAAAACUCUUUACAGAGGAUUUUUCAAGACGAUCCCCAAAUGACAGUUGAAUAUCAAUGAUUGUCAUGCCAGGUCCACCUAUUUCAAAUGUCUAUCAUAAGGUCAAUACAUCUGAAAAUUGUUUAACUGCAAAGAGGGAGAGUUGGUAUUCGAGAACUUUGAUUGUAGCCAGUCAGAGCUAAGGAAAACUGUAUUCAGCUACCUUGAAGAUUGCUAUAGGCAGCACUGUAAUAGGUCUGCAAUAUUUAAUCCCAAAUCUCCCUUCCCCAAGGCACUCACUUGACAGUUUGUUAUUUUUACAUUCACAUGUGACUGAUUCACAGUCAGCAUGUGUUAUUGCAUUAUUGUUUUAUAAAUUUUAAAUCAGAGAUAUAUUGUACAUACAAAUAAUAAUAUAUGAAAAUAAAGCCGAC